UGAUAUCUGUUUCGUUUGUGUUCAUGUCGAGUGAUCCCACCUCGUGUCAUUUCUCAUUUGUGUCGUUUUAAUUUAUUUUUCUUUAGAUUUCUGUUUUUGCAUGUAUGAAAACUGUAUUAAAUUAAACUUGAAGUGAGUGACUGAUUUAUACAUACCAUGGGUCCUUUGCCACGUACUGUCCCUAAUAUUUUAAUAACAGGAACCCCAGGAGUAGGCAAGUCCACACUUAGCCAAACGUUGGCUGACCGGUUGAAUUUCACUUGGAGAGAAGUUUCAAAGAUUGCUGAAGAAUAUAGUUGUUUAGACGAAUACGACCCAGAGUACCAAUGUCCAUUCUUAAAUGAAGAUAAAUUACUAGAUAUCAUGGAGGGCAUGAUGGCCAAAGGAGGGAACAUAGUUGACUACCAUGGCUGUGAUUUCUUCCCCGAGCGAUGGUUUGAUGGUGUUUUUGUUAUCAGAACAAAUAAUACUACACUUUACGACAGAUUAUCAGCCAGGGGUUACACAGGAAAGAAAUUGGACGACAACAUACAGUGCGAGAUCUUCGAGACUCUUCUAGAAGAGGCCCAGUCGUCAUAUAAGGAGGAAAUAGUGAAGGAAUUACAGAAUGACACACAGGAACAGUUGCAGGCCAAUGUAGAAACUAUUGUAGAGUGGGUUCAGAGGUGGAAAGAAGAAAAUUUAUAAUAAAUUAUUUAUUUUCA